AUGAUGGGAAAGGGGAGCUUUUCGAUAUUCAAGACGAGGAAAGAAAGGACGAGGUUGAAAUUUUUAGGACUUGGAGGGGAUUUCCAAGGAAAAAUAAAUUUCCGAGGAUGGAAGAGAUUGAAUCUUAAGCUGUCGUUUCUCGACAGUUUGAGAUUCAGAAUGCUGUCUAUCAUCGAAGCAAUGGUUGUGGUUUCUAAGCUUGCUUUUUUCUUUCUUUGUUGCGGUUGCAAAUUCUAA